AUGAAGCACUGGGACGAUUCAGGCGCCUUUGACUUUGACGAUGACUACAGGGGAGGGAGCCCCGGCAACGGAGACCUGGACUACGAUGACUCUUACAUGGAUGAUGUCUUUGCCAAACCCCGUGGCAUAGUGAACAAGGCGACGAAGAAGCAGGAACCCAAGCCGAAGCCGAAGCCCAAGGCCAAGAACGCAAAGGUCAUCGCCGGCGCCGCCCCCACCGCUGCCACAGCCCCUGGCCCUGACGCUACUGCCGCCGGCCCCGUGGUAUCCCCCAAGCCGAAGCCGAGCCCACAGAGCUCCCGACCCAAGAAGCAAAAGAAGAAUGCCAAAAAGGUCGUGUACAAGAUCUCCGAGCGGGAGCCUGAUCUCUUCGACGACCCCGUCCUAUGGGAGACCAGGGAGCGGAAGAAGAUCAUGGAGGCCAAGGCCGCCGCGGAGGCUGCUGGCGCGGGCCCUGUCCCGGAAGAGGCCGUAGAGGAGCAAAAGGACGAGCUGGCCAAGGAGGAGGAGGACAAGCAGGAGGACGACAGCGAGAUGACGGAGGGCGCCCGGCGCCUGGCUGACUUUAUGUAA